CCAGGUGAGUAUCUCAAAGUUUCAACCCCAGCUGUUGGUCCUUGUUCUGACCUCCACCUUCUCUAUAACUUCAUACAUACAAACACAACACCCAGAAACCCACCGACAAAACCAGAACCUCCGUGGUGUCGAGCACUCAGAGGAGCCACUUGGGAUUUUUUAAGGAACGUGGCUUUCUGGAUCUGAAUUUUGGGUCAAACGAGUGCGUUGACUCCAUUGACUUGGGAUUGGUAAAUGAGUGUUGCUCUGGUUUAGCUUGACUGGUCGCAUUAGAGAGAAGAAUGUCUUGGAAGAGCAGAGGAGGAGGAGGAGGAGGAGGAGGAGAGGCAGCAGCUUCGAAGAGUGCAGUGUCUCGGAAAUGGACACUUUUGUUUUGUAUUGGUUGCUUUUGUGCUGGAAUGCUCUUCUCUGAUAGCAGAAGGUGGUCAGUGCCUGAAAUUAAAGAAGUAUCGAGGACAACAAGGGUUGACAAUGAAACACCCAAGUUAGUUUCUGGUUGUGAUCCAACAAUUAAGGAUGUAGAACAUGAACCAAAGGCUGUUUAUGGGGAAGUUUCAAAGACUCAUCACGCUAUACCCACGCUGGAUAAAAAAAUUUCAAAUUUGGAGACGGAAUUAGCUGCUGCAAGGGCUGCACAGGAAUCUAUACUUAGUGGUUCACCGAUUGCAGAAAAUUUAAGAAUUCCCGAGACAAGAAAUAAAAGAAAGUAUUUGAUGGUCGUAGGAAUAAACACUGCUUUUAGCAGUCGAAAGCGCAGAGAUUCAGUUCGUGCUACUUGGAUGCCUCAAGCGGAUAAAAGAAAGCAGCUUGAGGAAGAAAAGGGCAUUGUAGUUCGCUUCGUAAUAGGUCACAGUGCUACAUCAGGUGGUAUCCUUGAUAGAGCUAUUGAAGCAGAGGAGAAGAGGCAUGGUGACAUUAUGCGGCUGGAUCAUGUUGAAGGCUAUCUUGAAUUGUCAGCAAAGACGAAGAUAUUCUUUGCCACUGCUGUUGCUUCGUGGGACGCAGAUUUCUAUGUCAAAGUUGAUGAUGAUGUACAUGUAAAUAUAGGAACACUUGGAGCAACUUUAGCUAGACACCGAUCAAAACCCAGGGUGUAUAUUGGAUGCAUGAAAUCUGGUCCAGUCAUUGCUCAAAAGGGAGUAAGAUAUCAUGAGCCCGAGUACUGGAAAUUCGGAGCGGAAGGGAACAAAUAUUUCCGUCAUGCCACAGGACAGCUCUAUGCUAUCUCAAAAGACUUGGCUAAUUACAUAUCAAACAACCAGCAUGUGCUACACAAAUAUGCGAAUGAGGAUGUUUCUUUGGGGUCGUGGUUCAUUGGAUUGGAUGUGGAGCAGAUUGAUGACCGGAGAUUAUGUUGUGGAACACCACCUGAUUGUGAGUGGAAGGCUCAGGCAGGCAACGUCUGUGUUGCUUCAUUUGACUGGAGCUGCAGCGGGAUUUGCAAGUCUUCCGAGAGGAUCAAGGAGGUCCACAAGCGCUGUGGAGAAGGUGAGAAUGCUUUGUGGAAUGCAGCUUUCUAAUGGACAAAACGUUCUUCCAAACUCAGGAGGAACAUGUAAAUGGCGUGAGCUUGUAUCAUAAAAAUUCACACAGAGAACGAAAAUGGGAUGCAUAGCAAGAUGGGUUGGCUGCUGACAACGUUCCAGGGAAGUUGCUUUCUUAUCUGGGGUUCUACUCCAUUUUAGACAAGGAGUGAGAGACCCAAUAGCAAAACUUGAAAGAAGCGAGAGAUUGUAGUUAAAAUCAUUCUUUGAGUGCUUCCGGGGGCCACUUGUAUUGUAAGUCUUCCAUGGUUAAUGAAGCUCCAGAAUAAGUUCCAGUUGGAUUUUUUUGUACCUUUAUUCAUGUUGUUGAAGAAGUGGUUUUUAUCUC